UGGUGACAGCGCGCUUCAAUUUAACACAUCUCCCUUCUAUCCAUUCGAACCUCUCGAAUCUUCCACCUCUCCGACCUGCAACGCCUUAAACACACGUCGUCGCGCCUUUCCUUCAUCGACUUUGCAGUUUCUUGUUCCCUGCGGCCCAUUGGGAUUUCCUUUGCGACUUUCAUCAAGUUACCCACCCCUUUCUCUUCUCCGCAACCCACGCGCGCUUCUAUCCACAAUGGCCGACCAAGUCAAGGAGAUCCUCGAGGUUCCCUCCGAGUUCGCUCAGGAAGGUGUUCAAUUCAUGAGAAGGUGCACCAAGCCCGACAAGCUCGAGUUCUUGAAGCUUUGCCAGGCCGUCGGUGUCGGUUUCCUCAUCAUGGGUGCUGUCGGCUACAUCGUCAAGCUGAUUCACAUUCCCCUUAACAACAUCCUUGUCGGAGGCGCAUAAACGCCAUGUAUCUACCUUUCAAUGGAAGCACCGACAUGUCGGGCCGGCUUCUCGAACACGUUCACGUCAACACGUGACGACCAAACAUGAUUUAAACGUAGGGAUGGGUCUCAAAAGCAUUGCACGGGCAGAUUGCAGAAGCGGCGCAGCAACACUUAAAAGAGGUGCUAUGCGGGAGUGAUGGGAGAUACCCCGAGACCAAAGAGGCUUCAUCGAUCAUGUAUCAUUGCCAAAAGAGGGAUUGGACAUGUGUGGAAGAUGUACAAAAUAAUUAAAA